AUGAGUGGAAGGGAUCUGCAUAUGUUCAUCACACAGUGCAGAGCAGAAGAUGUGGAGAAACUGACACAGCGGAUGAAAAAUGGUCUACACAGCUCAAAGUACAAACCGGCAGAAUAUAAAAGACUACAAGCUGUUAUUGAUGCAAAACGCCUGGAAUCUGAGCUAAUUGGACAAAAGGUUCAGAAGACUUGCUGUGCAGCGAAGACAACCAAGGAGAGCUCCAUUUUACGACAGCACAGACAGGUGUGGAGCAGAGAAUGCUCCAGGCUGCAAAAAGCUGAGGAGCAGGCUGAGAAAGACAUGCAUGAUUUUCUAGAGCAGAUCAGACCACAUAGUAGGACAGACACUGCCAUCUUCUCCCUUCAAGAUUAUGAGCUUGUCCUUGAGAGGGAGCGGGAGGCGUUCAGGAUAGCCACUGUGGUGCCUGUUCAUCAGCUCAGGGAUGACCUGUGCUUCAGACUGAGUGAGGUACAACAUCAGCAGUUCACUGCCCAUCCAUCAGACUGGGAACAAGUAAUACAACAGAUACAAUUUGUGAAAGACCAGCAAGGUGACAUAACUGCAAAGCUUCAUGCAGACUACCUAGCCUUAGAGGAAGAGAUUAUGUGCCUUGAUUUGGAGAAAUAUCUUACUAAUACUUCAGAACAUAUGGUGAACAUAGAAAACAUUCCAGAGGAGGUUUUGAAUUCAGACUGCCCUUAUCCUGAACUGAAGGACUCCCUGAUCCAGGCCUUCCACUCUCUGUCAGAAAGAUACCAGAGCAGGCUGCAGAGUCUUCAAGAGCAACUGCAGAGAACUGACAGGUUCUGCGGCUGGUAUCCAGAUGACCACCUGCGCUACCAGUUCACUUUGCUUCAGUACACUCAUGACAUACCCAACCACAGAGGACUCUGCAUGGACAUGCUGCAAAGACUCUUCCCUCAGAAAACUAGACGAGAGCUGAUGGAGCAUGAACGCGUGUGGGACUGGCAGCGCUUCACUCAGUCACAGCUGAGCUUAUUGACCCAGCAGUGGCAACGGGACCAGGAAGAGCUACUGGUCAGAGCCUUGGUCACAUUGCAAGAGGCAAGACAUGUCCACCAGGAGGAGCUGGAGCUCCACAGAGCCCGCCAGGACCAGCAGGACAUCUGCUCGCACCUCAGAGAGAAGCUGCAGCGGUGGCGGGCCCAGCAGGAGGAGGUGGCAACGCUGGAGGCAGCUAUAGCUGCUCGACAACAAGCGGAAGAAGAGGCGAGGAUAAAGAGGGAGCUGGAGAAGGAGGCCACCAUCAGGUCACAGCAGAAAGACAAAGUCAGGCAGUUUUAUUUAAAGCAGCAGAAGAGGAGGGAGGUGCUGGAGCAGAGGGAUCAAGAGAGACUUGCUAAUCUGAGGAGCGUCAUGGAAGAACAGGCAAGGCGAGAUAAAGAGAGGGUGCAGUUCAGGGCGGAUAUGUUGCAGCGACGAAGGGAGGAAAGAGAAGCGCGGGAGCUUGAGCGUCAGAGAGAAGAAGAAGAGAAACAGAAUCGUCUGGAAGCUCUCAGAAACCAGGUUGGGGUGGUGGCAGAGGCAGACCCUGAGAGGAUGAUGGCAGAUACAGAAGCUUGGAGGAGUCGACACUUGAAUGUAAAGGGGUUUGAACUCCAGAGGCCUCUCUACAGUAUUAACACAUACACGGACGCACAAAUUGUGUCUGAUCCAAGAGUGAGGGUUGAACAGGCUCUGCGGGAAGCUGGUCUGCACCACAGCCAGUAUGCCAAAGAGGUUCUGUCUAUUAUCAAGCCCUCCAAACCACCUCGGCGAGACACAAAAUCCAUACUUAAGUUCUGA